UCCGUCCUCCUCGCACACACACACACACGCACGCGCGCUCGCGGACGUGAACGGCGAACGCUCGGGGCAUCGCUCGCGCACACACACACACACACACACACACAAGGAGACCGCGGCCAGCCGCACGUACAAAAAAAAAAACCCAGGCGCUUUCCUGCUUCACCGUAGGCUCCAGACCCCGUCGCCAUGGCGCCCAAGAAGAUCGAACCCAAAAAGCCGGAGCCCAAGAAGCCGGAGCCCAAGAAGGAGGCGACGCCGGCCGGCAAGCCCGCCGCCAAACCCGCCGCCGCCCCCGCCGCCGCGGUCCCGGAGCCCCUGCCCGAGCCGCCCAAGGAGCCCGACUUCGACCCCAAGAGCAUCAGCCUGGAGUUCUCGCCCGAGCAGAUCGAGGAGUUCCGCGAGGCCUUCCUGCUGUUCGACCGGACGCCCAAGGGGGAGAUGAAGAUCACCUUCGCCCAGUGCGGCGACGUGAUGCGCGCCCUGGGCCAGAACCCCACCAACGCCGACGUGCUCAAGGUCCUGGGCAAGCCGCGGCCGGAGGAGAUGAGCUCCAAGAUGGUGGACUUCGAGACCUUCCUGCCCAUGCUCCAGCACAUCUCCCGCUCCAAGGACAAGGGCAGCUUCGAGGACUUCGUGGAGGGCCUCCGGGUCUUCGACAAGGAGGGCAACGGCACCAUCAUGGGGGCGGAGCUCCGGCACGUCCUGGCCACGCUCGGCGAGCGCAUGUCGGAGGACGAGGUCGACCGGCUAAUGGCCGGGCAGGAGGACGCCAACGGCUGCAUCAACUACGCCUCCUUCGUCAAGCACAUCUUGUCCGGGUGAGCGGGACGCUUCAGAAGGACUUUUUACUCCCCCCCUCCCCCAUUUAAAUCAUUCAUUUUGUUCGUUUCUCUCCUUCCCCUGGUCCCGCAACAGUAUGCUUUAGCACAUACCGAAAACCAAAGUUUUUCCGAUGGCAAAAAUGUCCUUGAGAGUUAUUGAUUUCCCUUUGUUUUAAAGUAUCUGACUGCUUCUGUGAUUUAUAUACAAUGCAAACUCUGAUUGUGCAUUUCUCUUUGUAAAAGGACUCUGUGAAAAAAUGUUUGCAUCGCAAUGAAAAAAAAAAACGCCUUGAGAAAUUAAAAAGAAAAACAUGAACA